AUGGAAAAUCCUACGAGAAAACCCAUUCAAGAGGCGCCCGCCUCUAAAAAAACGGGCAACUUGACGAACUCGGAAAAGGAGGUCACUCCCCGGUUCCUUGUCGUCAAGGCUUUGAAUGGCUUGUCUUUUGACAAACUAAGUCCCUUUAUCCUACAGAAACAAUUAUACGGUUUGUAUGGAGAUUUUAAAUCUAUUAAGAAAACCAGAGAAGGUAUGUUGCUUGAAACCGCGUCUGCGGCACAAGCCAAAAGAGUCAUGGCCAGCGUGCGAAUAGGAGAUAUUGAUGUGGAGGUUAACCCUCAUAGAGCCUUGAAUACCUCGAAAGGCAUUGUUUACUGUCCUGAUUUGUUGAAUUGCUCCGUGGAAGAAAUCCAGAUGGAACUGAGGUCACAAGGAGUAAUAGAGGUGAGGAGAAUCAAAUCUAAAAGAGAGGGUGUUCUCAGCGACACCCCCAAUCAUAUACUGACGUUUAAUAGCCCUAUUUUGCCGAAAAAAGUCAAGGCCGCUUAUUACUCAUUGGAUGUCAGGCUAUACAUACCUGCUCCAAUGAGAUGCUUUAAGUGUCAACGAUAUGGUCACACAUCCCUUCGAUGUGAGGCCGUACAAAUUUGUGUAUGCGGGAAAGCUAUCCACGAGGGACGACCUUGCGAGGAUCCCCUCGUUUGUGUUAAUUGCGGUGGACCGCAUUCAGCUCGGUCCAGAUCCUGCCCCGUCUUCAAAAAAGAAGCGGCGAUACAAGAAAUAAGGACGAAGGAUAAAUUAUCGUACGUUGAGGCAAAACGAAAACUACAACAAACGACAGUACGCACGCCCACUCAGGGAGUGUCGUAUUCGUCUGCAACCGCUUCUAUGCCCAAGUAUGAUAGUCUGAUUAAAGACCUAAUACCCGCGAUUGUAGCCGCCAUCAAGUCGCUAAUUAAAUCGGAAGUAAAGGCGAAGGUUCAACCCUCGACCAGCACUUCCGGAAAUCUAGGUGUGUUCAAAAUUCCCCUGCCGGUGGAUCUCACCGACAAUGUGGAAACCUCAAGUCAGUUCUCCCAUACGGAGUCUGAAAAGAGGAAACGUGAAGGAGCGUUAAGCUCUUCGACUGACGAGUUGUCGGAAACUUCUACCGACAAUAAUCGCAAAAAGAAGAAGGGAAGGCCUCGUAACGUUACGACGCCCCCUAACGCAACCGCAGGUGGCGGCACACAGCCACCGCCUAGACAACCCCCAGGCGGGUCUAUGGCGAUGAAAGCGUCACCGACGCCGUCGCGCCGAUCGUCCGUAGGGGGUCCCCCGUCAGCUUCUCCUGCAAAAGAAAGUUGA